UAGUUUUAUACACAUUAGGUUUUAUUUUCGAACCCGGGGUCAAAAUUUCAUUUUAUAAAUUACGACAAUCAAAAUUUUAAUUUUUUAAAUUGAGGUUCGUGGGGGCUGAAUCUCGGGUUUUAACCAUGUGCUCGCGGUUUUCCGGCUGCCUCCUAACCCGUUUGUCCGCUCCCCAGACAUGUGGAACCAUGGGCAUGGUGUUCAAGUGGCAGCUGCGUAACUACUGCGAUCCACCUCUCAUGGAUUGCGAGGCUUACAAGGCUUUUAAGGAGCAAAAAGCCCUUGCAAUGAAAAAGAAGAGGUCGGCGGACCAGAAGGCGGCGGCCAAGAAGGACGCGGACCGCCUUAAAAGCCAGUUGAAAAAGUGCAUCGAGCUCAAGACGAAGGCGCUGAAGGCGAAAGUGGAGUGCAUGACGGAGGAAGAGCAGAAGGCCAUGGGGGAGAUGAUGGACUGCGUGAUGGCGGGUGUCAAGAGAGUCUGCCUGAAGUCAGUUAUGCAGAAAUACUGCAAGGAGCAGGAGCUGAAGCUCCGCUACGAGCGACUGAUAAGGGAGAAGAAGAUCAAGGAGCUGAUGAAGCAGUGCUCUGCCACCCAAGAGGAAGGCUCUGCGAAACACGGCAAGGAUUCCAAGGAGAAGCAGCCCGUUAAGGCGGAGGAGAAGAAAGAAAUAAACAAAAAGUCAGAAUCGCUUGAGAAAUGUAUAGAAGAAACCACCAAACUCUUAGAAGACGAGUUGGAGAAGCCAAAUCAAAAGCAGAAGGAAAAAUCGGGGGCCACAAAUCAAGGGAACGAAAAGGAUAGAUCUAAAGAUAAGUCCAAGGAAAAAGAUCAUAAACCCACAAAGAAAGCCACAGAUGACGCUAAAAAUAAGCUCAGUGUAAAAGUUAUAAAAAAAUCAUCCAAAAUGAAAGACCAUUCCAAAGCAAAACUUAAGAAUCAGAAGAAUCCCAAAUUAGAUAGUUGUAAGGAAGAGGACAAAAAAGCAACCAAAAAGAAAGAUAGUUCCAAAGUUAAAGUUCAGGAACAGAAGGAUCCCGUAAUAGAUAACUGUAAGGAAGAGCGUCCUCAAAAGAUCGAAUCUGCAAGUAAUGAUUUCAAACAAGAAGAGAAGAAAAAAAUUAAGGACAACAAGACAGAAAAGAAGACGGAAAAACCGAAAGAGCAGGUUUCCGCGGUUGAAAACAAAGAAUCUAAAAAAGGAGAGGACAAAACCAAGAAAGCAAAAAAUGACAAAAGUAAGGAAGAGAAACCAGAACAACAUAAAAGUCAGAAAAGCAAAGGUGAUACCAAAGUUUCCGAGCCAAAUAAUAAACACUCCAAAAAAGAAGAUACGAAAGCUAAUAGUGAAGAACCACAAGGGCCUAAAAAUAAGCAAUCCAAAAAUGCUGAUUCAAACGCUAGAAGUGAGAAAGGGGAGAAGAAAGAAGCACCUCAAGAGCAGGAGGUAUGCCCAGAGGAGCCCAAAAAGAAAACUGAAUGUCUUAAGGAAGAAAAGAAACCCGGGACUAAAUCUCCGUUUGAGCAAAAGAUGGAACAAUGUAUGAAGGAUGAAUUGGAAGAUGUGCGCCAGGCCCAGAAGCACUUAAGCCCCGAGGACAAGAAAAAUGUGGCGGCCUCAGAAGACUGUCUUAAGGCGCAAGUCAAGAAGAGGUGCCGCAUGAUCGUUAUCAAGCAAAUGUGCGCAGAAUCCUGGGGAGAGCCAAAGAAAGCAAGUAAGUGUGAAGAACAGAAAGAAGGAGAAGAAGAGUGCACGAAGUCAAAUGACUCUGUGAACGACAAGACCCAAAAGUGUGUGCAGAAGAAAUGGAAGGACAUUUGCCCAUUUAUUCAAGAUCUUACUGAAAAAAACGACGUCGAUUUUAGCAAAGCUUCUGAGGAAGUAAAGGAAAUGAUGGUGAAGUCUUGCCAAGAGGAAGAAAAAAGUAAGGAGUCCGAAAUUAAGGAACUGGAAGCGGAUAUCGAGAAAUGUGCCUUCCUAAAAAAAUGUGCAGAUGCAAAGCUCAAAAGAAAAUGCGAUGAAAUAGAGAAGAAGAAAAAGUGCAAAGAGGAGGCUCAAAAAUUAAAAUGUGAAAAGCAAGCUUUAAAUAAAUUAUGCAAAGAACUAGACAAAACAAAGGACCAUAUAAAGAAAAAGGAUGUAACGCUAAAGUCCGAGUGCAAGGACUCAAAAAAAGAGUGUGAUGACGAAGUUAAGAGGAAGUGCAUUGAAAAAGCUCAAAAGAAAUUAUGCGAGGUGAGGAGAAAACGGGCAGAGCAAAUGCAAAGUGAAGGGGAUGGUCAAAAUAACGAAUGCAAAGAGUUGGCACUAAAGAAAAAAUGCGAAGAGGAAAAGGUAAAGAGGAAAUGCGAGGAGAAUGAGAUAAAGACGAAAUGUGAAGAAGAGCUUACAGAGAAAAAGUGCGAGGAAGAGGCUAAAAAGAAAAAAUGCGAUUGUCUAAUUAGGGAAAUCGAAAAGCUGAAGAAUGAAGAGCAACAACUAAUGCUUAAGUUAAAAGAGCUGGAGAAAAAAGAGGAAGACAGGAAGAAACAAGAGGAGGAAGAGCAAAAGAAAAAAUGUGAAGAGGAUAAAGUCUUGAAAGAAUGUGAACAAUUUGAAAAAAAGGAAAAAGAUAAAAACCAAAAAGAAAAGGAGAAGAAAAAGACAACCACGCCAAAGAGUGAUUCAAAAAAAUAAAAUUAGAAUCUUCGUAAGGAAGAGAUUCAAAAGAAUAUAAUUCCCAUUUAAGGCAAUUUGGCCUUUUUGGCAGUUUACGAAGGCUGCGGUUUCAGGAAGACCAGAGAAUCAAGAACGGGCAAGAUGACACACAGGCUUAGAGGACGACGGCGUUCGCAAGGCCGGUAGUCCUCUAGUUGAUUCCGCUUCCAGGUUUGAGGAGCAGGUGAAAGGUGACCCAAGUCAUCGACUUCAGCAACUGGGCGAUCGUUCUUGCGACCGCCACCGUGAUCUUGGCCAACUUAGACGACAACAAUGGAACGCAUGCGGUGUCGUUAAAGGCCUGUGGUAUAGAAGGUCUUCGUGAGACCGUCCAGGCCAUCAUCAUCAUUGCCCGUCUGGCCCUCGGUUAUCGGUUAAUUCCAUGCUGUCAUGAGUAACCUCCACUUUGCUGAGUUGUAUUAUAAAAUCUUUCCGACUGCCCCCACGUAAACUCGGCCUUUGUU